GAAGAAGGUGUAAAGGAAAAACAGCGUAUCAAAGACCUGCCGAACGCCCAUUUAACGUUGGAGGAUUGUGUUUUGUCAGAGCCACACAGGGAAAACUCUUAAUGGGGCCACAAAGGGGUACCUUUCUCUGACCUAAACGGUAACAGUCAACGGUAACACAGAUAACACAGCACCAUGGAUGAAGAUCCUCCAAACAGCACUUUUGUCAACGCAUCACAUGUCCAGGCUGCUCCCCACAGCCUUUGGGAGGCCCUGGCCAUUGGUACAGUGUCAGCCAUUGUCAGCUUGAUAACUAUUGUUGGCAACGUGCUGGUGUUGCUGUCCUUCAAAGUCAACAGCCAGCUGAAGACUGUAAACAACUACUACCUACUGAGUUUGGCUUUCGCUGACCUCAUCAUAGGAGUGUUGUCCAUGAACUUGUACACCACAUACAUCCUGAUGGGUUACUGGUCCUUGGGAAACCUCGCCUGUGAUCUCUGGCUGGCAGUGGAUUAUGUAGCCAGCAAUGCUUCAGUUAUGAACUUACUCGUCAUCAGCUUUGACAGGUACUUCUCCAUCACGAGGCCGCUGACUUACAGGGCUAAAAGGACUCCAAAGAGAGCUGCCAUCAUGAUAGGCCUUGCAUGGUUGGUGUCUUUUGUCCUCUGGGCACCACCCAUUCUGUGCUGGCAGUACUUUGUAGGAGAGAGAAAAGUGCUUCCUUACCAGUGCAAGAUCCAGUUUUUAACAGAGCCUGUGAUCACAUUUGGGACAGCGAUUGCUGCUUUCUACAUCCCUGUCUCUAUCAUGACUAUCCUUUACAGUAGGAUCUACAAGGAGACACAGAAACGGACCAAAGAUCUGGCGGAGCUGCAAGGGCUCGCAACAGAAAAUGUUCUAGAGGGGACUAAACCACAGAAAACUAUCAUUCAUUCUUGCUUUCAUUUCACCAGAGAGAGGAGAGACCGGAGUCAGGCCUCCUGGUCCUCAUCAAACCAAAGUAAUGCCACUAAAACUACCACUAGAUCAGAUGAUGCAUGGGUGAAGGCAGAUCAGAUCACCUCCUUUAACAGCUACACCUCAUCUGAAGAGGAGGAGCAUCAUGUCUCAAUAGAUACCCCACAAGGAUCUUUCAAAGAGCAAAGCAGUGGACAAAGUAAUAAGAACGGGCAGGUGACUGAGUAUUUUUCCAGUCCUCAAAAGAAGAACAGUAAAAAGCACAUCUCUUAUAAGUUCAAACCUGGCUCAAAGGGUAAAAACGGCAAUCCUGCGACUGCACCACCCUGCCUGCCUGAAGCAGAGCAGCCCACCAAAAACGCCUCCCCUUCCUCCUCCACCACCUCCAAACCCAUGGACCCCGUCCUGAAGAACCAGAUCACCAAGAGGAAGAGGAAUGUGCUGGUGAAGGAGAAGAAGGCGGCUCAGACUCUUAGUGCCAUCCUCCUGGCCUUCAUCCUCACAUGGACGCCCUACAACAUCAUGGUGCUCAUCUCCACUUUCUGUUCCAAGUGCAUCCCUACGUCCCUGUGGCACCUGGGCUACUGGCUGUGCUACGUCAACAGCACCAUCAACCCCAUGUGCUAUGCCCUCUGCAACAAGACCUUUCAGAAGACCUUCCGCAUGCUCCUGCUCUGCCAGUGGAGGAGGAGGAGGAGAGGCGAGGACAAGCUGUACUGGUGUGGACAAAACCAAAAUGUCAACAAUAAAAUGACUUGAUGUGGCACUGCAGUAUUGGAGGGAACCUACUGCUUUUGCCCACAUGUGGAUUUUCUUGAUACUGUAGUCAGUGGUCAUCUUCAGCAUGAAGUGCUGCAUGUGAUUUUUGUGUUAAAGUACAAAAAAUGUUGGUGGAAAAUGAGCUGAGCCUGAUGCAGCACUUGCUGUUCCAGAUUAUUACAGAAACCUCAUGAAGGUGGCUACACAUUCUUACAAAGGUUAAAGGUUAAAGGAUGGGUUCAGAUUAUUUCACAUCUAUUUAACUCUACCUUUUUUACGCGUCAAAGUAUAUUUACAGGUCUUGGGGAGUGCUACUGCAUGUGUUAGAAAAGUUACAGAGAGGCUUUUGUGGCUCCAGAGGGAGCUGCACAAAGUCUGAUAACUUGCCUCAAAUGAUGUCACUUAAGUCAGCGUUUGUUGGGCCUAGAGACUACAAGUUUAAAAAUGAAUAAAAUCUGUUGAAGUUAGAAAGAAGUGAGUUUACCAGACUUCUCUAGCCCGCUCCUUAUCUCUGCUUGAGGCUUGUGGCUCCAGCCUACAUUUGCCAUUACUAGCAUAACACACCCAAAUUGGUAGCGGGUGAGUUGCAUUGUGGGUAACAUAGGCACCAGGUUUUGACAAGGAAGAAGAAUGUGUGGAAUAAUGAGACAGUAUCCCUGGUUCUGCUGCGUUCAUUUUGAAACUGUCCAUCAUGAGUCCAACAAUGGAACAGGAGUGCAAUGGUAAAUCAGUAUAGAGUAGAGUAUAGAAUAACAUGAUGGGUCGCGGUGACAAGGUAAAAUGUUCUCAUCUUUCUUCCUACAUCAAAUAAUAUUCUCUAUACAUUCAUUUUCCACCUGCAGUUCUUUCUCAAUAUAUGUACUAUACUAAUUAUACUGAUAUGUGGCUUUAUCUGUCUUCAAAACUCAUUUGGACCAGUGUGGUUUUGUUGGAAAGUACAAGCUGCUAGCUUCAUUGCCAAUAAGUAUACAGUACCUAUAAAAAGUAUUUUCAUUGCUCUUGGAAGUGACACUUUUUUGACACUCCACAUCAAUAGAAAUAUACCCUUUAAUGUCAAACUGAGAACAACAACAUAAUUACAAGGAGGGUUAACUUUUUAAAAGCACUGUAUUCUUAGAGACAGUUAUCCUACUAUAAUAGUCCCCUUUCUGUAUUUCCAAUAUUAAGACUGGACUGCAGAUGUAAUAAGGCACUGGGUUUGCUUUUGCUCUACAUGUUGUUUUCUGAGUAAACCUGGCUGGACUGUAGGGAAUCUGUAUAUUUAUCACUGAUGACAGGUAAUCAACUCUUAAGGAAUAUUUUCACAUGAUGGCAAAGCUGUGACAUGUGCUGACCUCACCACAGCCAUGACAGCACAAACUGGUUUUCUUUAAACUACAUGCUGUUAGAUAAGCUCUAUGUUAAAUAUUUAGUUUAAUUAUCUAAUACCUUUCGACCUGUGUUAUAAAUUUCGGGAUAUCUUCUCAUUGAGCAGUGGAGUGAUACUAACCCAAUUCCAUAAUAAAACACAGCAAAUUUGUAAGAUACCAGCUCGAUGUGCACUUAGACAAAUUCCUGAAGCCUUGUAUUAGUUUUUGCUUUUUGACAGUAAGAACGACUGUGGAUUUUGUCCCCAAUUCCUUACAUUGAAGUCAUGCUAUGAAGGAAUCACUUCAGGGCCGAUGUGGACAGGAGGAAUGAUUGCAGGGAUUAGUAACAACAUAUGUUUAAAGUGAAUAUUGUAGCAUGUGAGUAAACAACUGAACCUAUCCUUUAAACCUCAUAUAAUCCUCCUUUGUUCUAUUGCCCACUUGCACUGUAUAUAAAAGAAAUAUUGUAGGCUUACACAUUGAAAAGUGAUUUAUAGUAUAAAGAACAUAUUUCACCAAUUUUACACCUCACAAAUGGUAAAUGUACAUUGCUUAGUGUAUAUCAGUGUUUAGUGAAUGUUUUCUAUUGUUUUCUAUCUUAGCUCUUGUGUUCAAGGGCUAAUCUGUACAUUUACAGCUGCAUUAGUUUCACAGUUGUAACAAGACACUGUAUAUGAGAAUGUUUAUGGAUCACACCACUAUUCCUGUCAAUAUUCAUAUUAAUGUAAAAAGAAAAAAAAAAGAAAAAAAACUUGUAUUGAAGCAA